AUGGGAGGCAUGUUAAUUCAUUCACGCUUUCUGGUUGUGUCUAUUCUCUCCAAUUAUCUUAUAGGGCUUUUGGUUACGGCUGCUAGCAAUGGUGGGUUUACCGCUGAGUUAUUCCGACGAGACUCUCCUAAAUCUCUUUUCAAAGUCCAUCCAAAUACCCUCCUAUCAGAAGAACCAGUGACCUUAAUUAUUUGGACACCAUGUGUACCUUGUGAUUUUUGCAACGACAAGCAGAUUUAUCCCCUAUUCGAUCCUUCAAAUUCCUCAACAUACAGUAAUAUUUCUUGUCAAUCUGAACAAUGUCAUCAACUGGACACGAAAACAUGUUCUCCUGAAAAUCUUUGCAACUAUGCUAAUGAGUAUGGUCCUAUGGAGACGGUUUCUUCACCUCAGGGGAAGAAGUUUCCAUGCAUAGAUAUUGUUUUUGGGUGUGGUCAAGAAAGCUAUGCGAGUUUCAAUGACCAUGAGAUGGGAAUCAUUGGUUUAGGAAGAGGGAAUUUAUCCUUUGUUUCUCAAAUAGCAUCCUCCUUUGGCAGCAAGAGCUUCUCCCAUUGCUUCACGCCAUAUGGCACUGAUCCUACCAUUCCAGAUCAGACUUCCCUUAAUUGGUAUUUUGUCACACUGAAAGGAAUUAGUGUUGGAGAUAAAUUUUUGCCCUACAGUUCUUCUUUAGGUACCGUUUCCGAGGGAAACGUGUUUCUCGAUUCAGGGACUUCGUUAACGACGUUAGUGCCACAAGAUUUAUUCGAUCGCUUGGUGGCACAAGUGAAGAAGCAGAUUCCGUUGGAUCCCAUUAUUGUGGAAGAUCUUCCAUACCAGCUAUGCUAUAAGAGUGAAGAGAAUCUUGACAGACCAAUUUUGACCUUCCAUUUUGAGGGUGCAGAUGUGGUGCUAACGCCCAUGCACACCUUCGUUCCAACAAAAGAUGGAAUUUUCUGCUUUGCCGUUCUAUCUUCUGAUUUUGUCGGUGGUAUUUAUGGAUUUGGAGUAUACGGAAACAUUGCUCAAUCAAAUUUUUUGAUCGGAUAUGAUAUGGAAAAUAUGAUGGUCUCUUUCAAACAGACUGACUGCACUAAGUAA